AAAGACUUAUUUCGCAUUCCUGCAAUCGAUUUCUGGGGAGUAUGUCGGCUUCUCGUCCACCAUUUUUAUCCUUCCUAUACCCCGUGCUAUUCAAGCCUCGCUCUUGUGACGCACGCGGUCAUCGCAACGCCAAUGCCAAUAUUUGCGCGCGACCGCGUUUAAGAGUUGCUCCUCUGCACAGCUCCGCCGCAAGAUCUCGAUAUGGUACGGCUAAUAAGCCACCAGCCCAUCUUAGCGACAAAGAUAAUGAACUAUCAGUCACUUCCGUAGAAAAGCAAGCCAGCAAGGGUACGAGCGAGAAUGAAAAUGGUACGAAAGAGGCUUCAGGCUCGUCCACCAGUGGGGAUGCUGCCUCGCAACCGUCGACACAACUGCCCACCGAGGAAUCACAAACAAAAGUCCCGCCUACUUUGAGUGUAUCAGAGAGUCCACCCAUGGAAACCGUACUACAUAUGCCGUCACCUGCUGACAGUGCGAAGAAACCUCCGCAUCUCCAGACCCCACCUUACGUCCACCACUUCGACACGUAUGGGCUAGUCAAGCAUCUUGAGGGUUCAGGGUUCUCCCAAGAACAAAGUGUGACGGUCAUGAAGGCAAUCCGGGGGCUGCUAACGCAGAAUAUGGAAACCGCACGGGAAGCGCUAGUGUCGAAGUCCAACGUGGAGAAUGAGGGAUAUCUCUUUCGUGCAGCUUGUAGCGAGCUACGGACUGAGAUUCAGAACAAUCGAAACGGAGAGACUGAGAAGAUGCGUCAAGAGCGUACUCAGCUCCAGCACGAAGUGGACAUAUUGAACCAACGCUUCUCACAAGAGAGAGAGACACUAAAAGACGAAUUGAAGGGACUGUUCGACGAUCGUAAGAUGGCAGUUAGGGCGGAGCAAAAGUCUAUGGAGAACACAAUCCAGGAGCUGAACUAUAAAAUCACCGUAUCGCUCAAUUCAGACGCCCGGUCUGAAGUUGAGAGCCUUCGGUGGCUCCUGACGCGACGUGCAGCUACGGCUCUAGCCAUAUCAGCCGUGAUGAUCCUUGCAACGCUGAGAUACUCCACCUACAUGACCCAGACUCAAGAACAGGAGCGAAAGGAGAUGGCGAAGAGAAAUGCGCAGCUUAGACUGGUUGAGGGCGAUGGCGAAGGAACGCAAAUGCGAGAUGUUCCAGCUCCAGUGACUAAGGAAGCUAAUGGGGACAAUGUGAUUGUCGCUGAAAGUGGUGGAAAGGGUUAUGUCAGUUUAGGAUAGCCUCAGAUGAGAUGCGAGGAAGCACGUAUACGCUCAAUCAUAGGCGCUCGUGAUAUACCGCUUGUCCGAUCUCCCGAUAUGAGCAUAGAUAUUCAUAUCCCCAUACCUAAACAUGCUCGCCAAUACCAUUAUCCCGUUCGAGAAAGCCCCGAAGCCCAUAGGAGUAGACUGCUGAAUUUUGUCGUUGACUGCUCCCUCAGGCAUCGUGAAACGGCAUAUGAGCCUGCAGCACUCAUGCUCCCUCGUAAAGAUCGUCCCUCGGCGCCAGAAAUUCUUAAUCAUCCUCCAAGGCUAUAUUUGGCACUGCUUGGAAUGCUAGUUAGUGCGCGUCUGGGCCGGCGCUGAAGCCGGCCAUAAGCAGUACUUGUAAACUCCGCAAAGGUAACGUAAAUUCGUCCGCGAAACUCUCUG